AUGGGUAACUACUUUAAUCAGCCAGCUAAUCCUAAUUAAGGAUUAUUACAAUAUUUAAGAUAACUUAAUCUACCUGAAAUAUAAAAAGUAGCUAAAUAUGUACAACUAAACUAUCCUGCAACUAAUGUUUUCUCUUUAGGCGAAUUUUUUGAUGUUUAUCAUGACAUUCUAAAAUAACAUUGCGGUGAAAUGUUUGAGAUUAUUGAAAAUAAUCAUAGCACAGAUGGUUUAACUGAUAUUUAUGAGAGUCAAGCAGUUUUAGUAUGAAUUUACAAUUAGAAUUAGAUAAUUUUUUCUGAUUCCGAUUUUGCUACUAAAGUUAAAUACAUAAGUUAAGUAUUUGAUUUGGAUAAGUCUUAAAAACUUGAAAAGAUUGAACUAAUCAUGAUAUUUUAAACAGCAAUAAGAGCACUGUGUAAAAUUGUAAAUAUGAAACCACCUGGAUUUACUGAUAUAGAAUACUAUGUUGAAGCUAUUUUUACAGAAAUGGAUAAAAAUCUAGAUAGAACUAUUUCUUAUGAAGAAUUAUAUUCAUGGUUGGAUAACAAUUAUCAACUUUAAGAUUUUUUAUUGAAAUAUGCUUAAACACAGACUUUUUAGAAUGCCAAAAGAAGAACUCAAGACAUUUUCAAUUCCAAAAACUUAUUCAAGCAUAAUUAAGAUGAAUGGAUUUAAGAGUAUAUUCAAAAUGCUGAAGAAAGUUACAGUUAACUUAUUCAAAGAAAAAAAUUGGUUUCUGAUAGGGUCAAAGAUGAAAUUAAUUAUGCUUGGUCAGCUUUCAAGGCUACUGAUAUCAAUAAUGAUGGAACAAUAUCUGUAAGAGAAUUACCCUAUUUGAUUUAUGGAUUUGAAGGAAUCAUUAUUAAAGAUGUCAAAAAAAGAUUUGGAUAACUAGAUAAAGAUAAAAGCGGAAGCAUUUCAUUAAAAGUAAUUUAACAAACAAUCAAUUUAGGAAUGGUUUAAUUUCUUAUAAUUAGACUAAGGAGUAGAAAUUUGUAAAUCUAUUGUUAAGAGAUAUUUUCUUAAAAAAGAUACUAAUAAUGUAGGCAGUCUUAAUAAUCAAUAAUCCUGUCAAGUAUUAAGAGAUACACUUUCAAAUGAUGGAUUUGAAUUAUAUUUUAAGGGUUUUGAAAGUUAUAUAAAUGAACAUUCAACAUUAGAUAAAGUAAUCAUUAUAAAUAAUCUAAGAUGUCAAUACAAUAAUUAUAAGAUUUUGUAGAAGGUCCAAUGAAGAGAAUUAUUUAAGAUAAAUAAGAACUUAUGGAAAAAGAAAAGGAAAGAAAAUAAGCAUAAAAUGAAAAAAUUAUAUGAGCU